AAUUCUAUAGUAUACCUUCUGAAGCAAUUAAUGGCUCAUUGGGUUUGGUUUAUUUUGCUCUUUGCUGAGCUACUGAUUGGUGGAUUCAGUACCCAGAAGCUGCCCCCAUCUAACGAUGGAAAACUAUUAAGUAUUCUGAGCAUUGAUGGCGGUGGUAUCAAGGGGAUUCUUCCAGCAAGAGUUCUUGAGCACUUAGAUAAGGCUCUUAAGGAUUUGGAUCCAAAUGCAGAUUUAGCACAUUAUUUUGAUGUGAUAGCAGGAACUAGCACCGGUGGACUCAUAACAGUUAUGUUAGCCACACCAAGCCCUCAUGAUCCUACUCGUGCUGCCUUUACUCCUGCACAAAUUGUAGACUUCUACCAACAAGAAGGCCCUCACAUAUUCAAUGAAUCUUGUCCUGGAGAUGGUCCCGAAUUCGAUGGGGUGUAUUUCCAUAACCUUACUCGUGAUCUGUUGAACGAUACACGACUUAAUCAAACACUGACCAAUGUUGUCAUCCCAGCUUUCGACAUCAAGACACAAAAGCCGGUUAUAUUCUCAAACUAUAAGCUUGAGGAUGCUCCGUACUUAAAUGCGUUGUUGUCGGAUAUAACCAUAUCGACUUCAGCUGCACCCACUAUUCUACCACCUUACUGUUUUGUGAACGAUGGCGUCGAGUUCAAUAUGGCUGAUGGUGGUAUAGCAGCUGGGAAUCCGACACAAGCAGCAGUGAGCGAAGUGCUACAACAACAUGGUGAAUAUUCCGAAAUCUUAGUGUUAUCUUUGGGAACUGGAAAAGUGAAAGUUAAUGAGAGCUUUGAUGUUGAGAUAGCUGCCAAUUGGUCAUACAAAGAUUGGGUUAAUAAUGCAUCACAAUUCUUUCUUCGUUCUUCUACCACCAUGACUGAAUACUACCUUGAAUCACUCUUCGAACCUUACCCACCUGGCCAGCCAUACCUUCGAAUUCAGGAAUACGACUUGAAUCCUGAUUUCUCCAAUCCAUUUAAUGUUACACAAGCAAGCAUGGACGGUCUUGACGAAACCGGAAAACAACUGUUAAAAAAAAAGGCUUUAAGGAUGAAUUUGGAUACUUUUGAUCAAGAAGAACUUGGGGGGCUAACAAAUGCUCAGGUUCUUGACAGGUUUGCUGAAAUUUUGUACGGAGAAAGACAAUAUCGUCUGAAACGAAAAUCUAUGGAAAAGGAAGGAAGACCAUUUGUUGAAACUCUUAGGGUUCUUUCUGACAAAACUCAAGCACUCAUAAGGAACCUUUUUAACUAAUGUCAAUUGUAUGACCUUGUAUUAACUCUCUUCUGUCCUUUAUUCACUAUUGUUGGAAUAUCUAGAAUAAGCAACGCGUGUGAGUUCUAUGUAACUCUUUUAGCUACCAACCAUCUCAGAAUAAGGAAAGCUUCACUCCAUCAAAGUUCAAUGCAACUCUUAAUGAAAGAACCAUGAC